AUGCAAACUGUCAGGUUGCACUCCUCCAUGCGUAAAAGGCUCUACAGUUUGCCACAACACAUUGGACAGAAAGCAUCUAUAAUGGGUGAAGAAGACGCAGACAAGGACACCCGGAGGAAGAGUAUCAGGAUGAAGCCUCUGCCGUCGCCGACCUCUGGGGGAAGCUGCAAAGGCAUCGGGGAGACCAAAAGUGGGGAGUCUGUGAUCAUGGAGACGGACAUAGGGAGACCGAUGAAGACCAGCUCAAAUGGAGAUUGCCGGAGAUUUCGAGGCAGCCUCUCGUCCAUCACAAGUCGGCAUGUGCACGACUCGGACUCGGCGGAGGAGAGACGCCUCAUCACCGAGGGGGAUGUCACUCCGAGCGAGGAGAGCCCCCCCGGAGCCAUCGGUGAUGGGCCGCCGGAUCAAGGCGCGCAAGGGGCCAGCGGUGGCGGGGGUACCCAAAACGAUUCCCAAGACCAGCAGUCAGGGUUUAUAAAGUUGGAUGGCAUUGAUCAAAUUCUGCCGGAUGACGAGAGAUUAUAUCAAGCUGGGUUCAUGCACAGACAGUUUGGGGCAAUGCUUCAGCCAGGGGUCAACAAGUUCUCCCUGAGGAUGUUUGGAAGUGAGAAGGCGGUUGAACGAGAGCAAGAGCGGGUUAAAUCCGCCGGAUUUUGGAUUAUUCACCCCUACAGUGAUUUCAGGUUUUACUGGGACUUGACCAUGCUGCUGCUGAUGGUGGGCAACCUCAUCAUCAUCCCCGUGGGCAUCACAUUCUUCAAGGAUGAGCACACGCCACCCUGGAUCGUGUUCAAUGUGGUCUCUGACACCUUCUUCCUCAUGGACCUGGUUCUCAACUUCAGGACAGGUAUCGUCAAGGAGGACAACACAGAGAUCAUCCUGGACCCACAACAGAUCAAGAUCAAGUACUUGCGAAGCUGGUUUGUGGUGGACUUCAUCUCCUCCAUCCCUGUGGACUACAUCUUCCUCAUCGUGGAGACGCGCAUCGACUCAGAUUUCUAUAAGACAGCGCGCGCUUUACGGAUUGUCCGCUUCACCAAGAUCCUCAGUUUGCUGCGACUGCUGCGCCUCUCAAGACUCAUUCGCUACAUUCACCAAUGGGAAGAGAUCUUCCACAUGACGUAUGACUUAGCCAGCGCCAUGGUGAGGAUAGUCAACCUGAUUGGCAUGAUGCUGCUCCUGUGUCACUGGGAUGGCUGCCUGCAGUUCCUGGUGCCCAUGCUGCAGGACUUCCCCGCCGAUUGCUGGGUGUCCAAAAAUAAGAUGGUGAAUGACACAUGGGGACAGCAGUACUCCUACGCACUUUUCAAAGCUAUGAGCCACAUGCUGUGUAUUGGGUAUGGCAUGUACCCCCCGGUGGGCAUGACAGACGUGUGGCUGACCAUCCUCAGCAUGAUUGUGGGCGCUACCUGCUACGCCAUGUUUGUGGGCCAUGCCACCGCACUAAUCCAAUCCCUAGACUCGUCUCGACGGCAGUACCAGGAGAAGUACAAACAGGUGGAGCAGUACAUGUCGUUCCACAAGCUGCCAGCAGAUAUGAGGCAGAGAAUCCAUGACUACUAUGAGCACCGUUACCAGGGCAAGAUGUUUGACGAGGAAAGCAUCCUGGGAGAGCUGAACGAGCCACUCCGAGAGGAAAUAAUCAACUUUAACUGUCGAAAACUGGUGGCCUCAAUGCCUCUGUUCGCCAACGCUGACCCCAACUUUGUCACCUCCAUGCUCACCAAGCUAAAGUUCGAGGUGUUCCAGCCUGGGGAUUACAUCAUCAGGGAGGGCACCAUUGGCAAGAAAAUGUACUUCAUACAACAUGGGGUCGUCAGCGUACUGACCAAAGGCAAUAAAGAGACCAAGCUUUCCGACGGCUCCUACUUUGGGGAGAUUUGUUUGCUGACACGAGGCAGAAGAACAGCCAGUGUCCGAGCGGACACAUACUGUCGUCUGUACUCAUUGUCUGUGGAUAACUUCAAUGAGGUGCUGGAGGAGUAUCCUAUGAUGAGAAGGGCCUUUGAGACUGUUGCCCUGGACAGGCUGGACCGUAUUGGCAAGAAAAACUCCAUCCUGCAGCACAAGGUACAGCACGACCUCAGCUCUGGUGUACUCAACUACCAGGAGAAUGAGAUCAUCCAGCAGAUUGUGCAGCAUGACAGGGACAUGGCCCACUGCGCCCACCUCAUGCAGAACGCCCCACCCCGGACACCUCCCUCACCUACCCCCGUCAUCUGGGCCCCACUGAUCCAGGCCCCUCUCCAGGCAGCAGCCGCAACCACCUCAGUAGCCAUUGCCCUGACACACCAUCCCCACCUCCCACCAACGCUCUUCAGGCCUCCACUUUCUGUUCUGGGUUCCCUUAAGGACCCUCCAAGUCGGCUUAAGAAGUUUCACACAUUUGUUCCUUCAUCCACAGCUCCUGGAUCUGCAGGGGACUCCCCCUCUAGCACACCCUGUAAACUGCGCACUGGGGUGGACAUGCCAUUGCUGGCCUCUUUUCGGGCCCAGCACAUGACAUCAGGAUCUGGGGCAACUGGCUCUAGCCAGCAGGCCUCAAGUAGUGGAGGCCAACGUGGGCCUAGUGGGACAGGGUCUGGGUUCAGUGGAGGUGGAGGAGGGGCCUCUGCCUUCCCCUUCGGACCAUACUCAUCCUCUGGUUCACCCUCAUCUAGUAUGGCCCAGUUACACCCACUACCCAGGCAGCAACAGCCCUUUCGCUCCAGCACCCCACCAUUGUCAAACCUCUUCCACCAAGGAUCUGCAGGUGGAAGCACAGGGUCAGGAAUAAGUGGCAGUGCAGUUGGAGCUUGUGGUGGUGCAACAGGUUGGUCUUCAGGUGGAGCAGUUGGAGGUUUGGUGGAAGGGGCCAGUGGAGGAGAUGCUACCUGGACUAGAGAGGACUUUACAACUGCAGCGACAGAAGCAACUUCCGAGGGGCACUUUGGGUUUGGAGGAGCUACUAGUAGAUUAGUAAGAGGGAUCUCAGGGGAAUCAAUGGGAGGGAUUUCUGAAGGAUCAGUUGGUGGUGCUUGUGGCAGGUCAGCGGGUGGGGCCUCAGGUGGAUCAGUGGGGGGCAUUACCUGUGGCUCAGUUGGAGAUGUAACCAGGAGAUCAAUGGCAGGGGUUUCUAGAGGAUCAAUAAGAAGAGCUUCUAGGGGAUCAGUGGGAGGGGCCUCUGGAGACUUACUGGUUACAACGACCACUGGAGGAUCAUUGAGGAGGGCUUCUGGCGAAUCAGUACGAGGGACUUCUAGAGAAUUACUGGUAGAAACAACCACUAUAAGAUCAUUGGGGAGUACUUCUGAGGGGUCAAUGGGAGGGGCCUCUGGAGGAUCCUUUGGAGGGGUUUCUGGUGAUUUUAUUAUAGGAAAUCCUGGAGGAUCAUUGGGAAGGGCUUCUGAAAGAUCAAUAUCUAGCCAUAUGGGAGGAGGUUUGAGUGGGCCAGGGGGAGGUUUGAUUGGAGUCCACAGUAGCAGAGCAGCAGGAGGCACAGUAGGGAGUCAUUUAGGAGGGUCUUCUGCUUGUCCUGUAGGCGGGGCUUCUGGUGGAAUCACAGCUGGACUUAUUGGUUCUUCCCGUUGCCAGAGUCCUAUUUCUACCGGCUCAUCCAGCCCUUUGCCUAUUCAAAUUCUCCAUAGCCAGCCACCCCCAAAGCCUCCUCAAGUGGCUCCUUUGCAGCAGUUUGCUGGAGGAGGUAGGACUACCAGUGGCUUAAACCUCUUCCACUCCCCUCCACAAGGCUCCCCAUCCUCUAGUAGAGGACAUCAUGGCCAACAGCCUGCUGAGGGCUCCCCAUCAUCCCUCAGCCAUUUUGGCCUGGCAGGCCUCCAAUCUGGCUUCCUGCCUCACCAGAUGUCCCUUGAGAGGUCUGCCCUAGCCUCCCUAGCCCAGUACGGCUCAGCAAACGCCUCUCCCUGCCUUACCCCAGUCGCACCCAGCCCUACUAUUCAAAGUCCAGUGGCAGGCAGGACUUUCCACUAUAACGACCCCUCUAGUACAACAGGAUCCCACAGUUCUCUGCUCAUGCCUCAGUCUUCUCUCCCUUCACAGCUUCCCAGCCAGCCACACACAACAGGGAGAGAUUCUCCACUGGGCCGCUUUUCAGAGGACCUAAAGCUAUUAUCCAGCUCACACCCAUCUCUGCCCCAGGAGGUGGCCCAGGCCUUAGGCCACCAAACACCUCGCUCCUUGGUGGAAACUGGAUACUACCCUUCACCCUUCUCCUCACCCACUCUUGUGCCCAAACCCUGUAGCUCAGUGCCAGGGCACAUGACUCCUCCAAUCCAGCUGUCUCCGGGGCACCCUCACCAGACUCAGUCCCCCAGGACCUCCCCGGCCUUGCCUCUACGGAGGGGCUCUGCUCCCUACUCAUCAGAUCUAGAACCUCAAACUGUCCGCUCUAAACUCCCUUCCAAUUUGUGA